AUGGCCAGUGCUACAGGCGUACCGGAAACGCGCCCCAGCGACGCCGAAGAAACUGGGUUUACGGGUGGCGAGACCGAACCACUCCUCGGCCGCCCUGGAGAUGCUACGCAAGAGGAGGGCAAAUCAGCCUUCAACAAUCUAGUUCUUGGCACCGGUAUCGUUGCGCAAAUAGGCAUAUGGCUUCUCGUCAUCCUCAUCUGGGCCAGUGUCUUCACCAAGCCUCUCAUCCUCUUCUCAGGGCAUCCUCUCGCCCAGUCCUUUGCAGUUCUGGUGCUGGUGCAGUCCAUCCUCUCCUUGCAGCCCACCCAUACGCUCGAGCAGAAACGCUGGGGACAACGUAUUCACGCUCUACUCAACGUGGUGGCCUUGCUUUCUCUCAUCGCUGGCGUGACAAUCAUUGAAUACAACAAAGUGAAGAACCACAACCCGCACUUUCACUCCGUACAUGCCUACCUUGGCGUCAUCACCGCAGUGGUGCUUCUUCUACAAUAUCUCGUCGGGUUUACCAUGCUGGUUACGCCGAAGCUGUACGGGGGCGAAGAGAACGCAAAGGCCAUUUGGAAGUAUCACCGAUUCAGCGGAUAUUUCGUCCUGCUGCUCCUGUUGGCGACCAUCAACAGUGCCACAGGAACGGAUUAUAACAAGAAUGUACUCAAGCUGAAGCUCUGGGCGACGCUCAUCUUGUCGAUUCUCGUCGUCAUCGGAGUAUAUCCUAGGAUCCAGAAGCAGAAGCUGGGAUUGGGCCGACCAAGCCUGUCGCUUUGA